UGAUCUUAUAUUAGCUAACAAGUACGCAGAAGUUACCAACUUUUGAGAUCAAACAUGGACCUACGUAAACACAGAUUUCACAUAAGAGAACACUGUGUAGCCCUGGCACUUGGAGGGUUCUUUCUCUGUCUGCAGACACGGGAGCUCAAGCUAUACCCAGAGACUGUGGACAUGGCGAUUCCCAGAGAGCAGGCCAGGAGGAGAGGGAGGUACCUGGAGGAAGGAUGCGGAGCCAGAGAAGACAGCAAACAUGACAGAGACCGUAUAUGGCUGUGGCAUGAGAUGUUAAGGUCUUUUAUAUGGGACAAAAGAAGGAAAACAACUUGGCUGCAAUAAAAACAGAGAUAAGGCAACUGAGCUUCAGAAAAUUGAAAUGAUUGUCCAAGUUCUGCAGAAAAGAUGGCAAGAAAGAAGCUGAAAAAAUUUACUACUUUGGAGAUUGUGCUCAGUGUUCUUCUGCUUGUGUUGUUUAUCAUCAGUAUUGUUCUAAUUGUGCUUUUAGCCAAAGAGUCACUGAAAUCAACAGCCCCAGAUCCCGGGAUAACUGGUACCCCAGAUCCUGGAACAACUGGUUCCACACAUCCUAGGACAACUGGUCCCCUAGAUCCCGGAACAACUGCUACCACUCCUGUUUCUGCUGAAUGUCCAGUGGUAAAUGAAUUGGAACGAAUUAAUUGCAUCCCUGACCAGCCACCAACAAAGGCCACAUGUGACCAACGUGGCUGUUGCUGGAAUCCCCAGGGAGCUAUAAGUGUUCCCUGGUGCUACUAUUCCAAGAAUCAUAGCUACCACAUGGAGGGCGACCUUGUAAACACAAAUGCAGGAUUCACAGCCCGGUUGAAAAAUCUGCCUUCUUCACCCGUGUUCGGAAGCAAUGUUGACAAUGUUCUUCUCACAGCAGAGUAUCAGACAUCUAAUCGUUUCCACUUUAAGUUGACCGACCAAACCAAUAACAGGUUUGAAGUGCCCCACGAACAUGUGCAGUCCUUCAGUGGAAAUGCUGCUUCUUCUUUGACCUACCAAGUUGAAAUCUCCAGAGAGCCAUUUAGCAUCAAAGUGACCAGAAGAAGCAACAAUCGUGUUUUGUUUGACUCGAACAUUGGGCCCCUACUGUUUGCUGACCAGUUCUUGCAGCUCUCCACUCGACUGCCUAGCGCUAACGUGUAUGGCCUGGGAGAGCAUGUGCACCAGCAGUACCGGCAUGAUAUGAAUUGGAAGACCUGGCCCAUAUUUAACAGGGACACAACUCCCAAUGGAAACGGAACUAAUUUGUAUGGUGCGCAGACAUUCUUCUUGUGCCUUGAAGACGCUAGUGGAUUGUCCUUUGGGGUGUUUCUGAUGAACAGCAAUGCCAUGGAGGUUGUCCUUCAGCCUGCGCCAGCCAUCACUUACCGCACCACUGGGGGCAUUCUCGACUUCUAUGUGUUCUUGGGAAACACUCCAGAGCAAGUUGUUCAAGAAUAUCUAGAGCUUAUUGGGCGGCCAGCCCUUCCCUCCUACUGGGCGCUUGGAUUUCACCUCAGUCGUUACGAAUAUGGAACCUUAGACAACAUGAGGGAAGUCGUGGAGAGAAAUCGCGCAGCACAGCUCCCUUAUGAUGUUCAGCAUGCUGAUAUUGACUAUAUGGAUGAGAGAAGGGACUUCACUUAUGAUCCAGUGGAUUUUAAAGGCUUCCCUGAAUUUGUCAACGAGUUACACAAUAAUGGGCAGAAGCUUGUCAUCAUUGUGGAUCCAGCCAUCUCCAACAACUCUUCCUCAAGUAAACCUUAUGGCCCAUAUGACAGGGGUUCAGAUAUGAAGAUAUGGGUGAAUAGUUCAGAUGGAGUGACUCCACUCAUUGGGGAGGUCUGGCCUGGACAAACUGUGUUUCCUGAUUAUACCAAUCCCAACUGUGCUGUUUGGUGGACAAAGGAAUUUGAGCUUUUUCACAAUCAAGUGGAGUUUGAUGGAAUCUGGAUUGAUAUGAAUGAAGUCUCCAACUUUGUUGAUGGUUCGGUCUCAGGAUGUUCCACAAACAACCUAAAUAAUCCCCCAUUCACUCCCAGAAUCCUGGAUGGGCACCUGUUCUGCAAGACUCUCUGUAUGGAUGCAGUGCAGCACUGGGGCAAGCAAUAUGACGUUCACAAUCUGUAUGGCUACUCCAUGGCGGUCGCUACAGCAGAAGCUGCCAAGACUGUGUUCCCUAAUAAGAGAAGCUUCAUUCUGACCCGUUCUACCUUUGCGGGCUCUGGCAAGUUUGCAGCACAUUGGUUAGGAGACAACACUGCCACCUGGGACGACCUGCGAUGGUCCAUCCCUGGCGUGCUUGAGUUCAACCUUUUUGGCAUCCCAAUGGUGGGUCCUGACAUAUGUGGCUUUGCCUUGGAUGCCCCUGAGGAGCUCUGUAGGCGGUGGAUGCAGUUGGGUGCAUUUUAUCCAUUUUCUAGAAAUCACAAUGGCCAAGGCUACAAGGACCAGGAUCCUGCCUCCUUUGGAGCUGACUCCCUGCUGUUGAAUUCCUCCAGGCACUACCUUAAUAUCCGCUAUACUCUAUUGCCCUACCUAUACACCCUCUUCUUUCGUGCUCACAGCCGAGGGGACACAGUGGCCAGGCCCCUUUUGCAUGAGUUCUACGAGGACAACAGCACUUGGGAUGUGCACCAACAGUUCUUAUGGGGGCCUGGCCUCCUCAUCACUCCAGUUCUGGAUGAAGGUGCAGAGAAAGUGGUGGCAUAUGUGCCUGAUGCUAUCUGGUAUGACUACGAGACUGGGAGCCAAGUGAGAUGGAGGAAGCAAAAAGUCGAGAUGGAACUUCCUGGAGACAAAAUUGGACUUCACCUUCGAGGAGGCUACAUCUUCCCCACACAGCAGCCAAAUACAACCACUCUGGCCAGUCGAAAGAACCCUCUUGGUCUUAUCAUUGCCCUAGAUGAGAACAAAGAAGCAAAAGGAGAACUUUUCUGGGAUGAUGGGGAAACGAAGGAUACUGUGGCCAAUAAAGUGUAUCUUUUAUGUGAGUUUUCUGUCACUCAAAACCGCUUGGAGGUGAAUAUUUCACAAUCAACCUAUAAGGACCCCAAUAAUUUAGCAUUCAAUGAAAUUAAAAUUCUUGGGACGGAGGAACCUAGCAAUGUUACGGUGAAGCACAAUGGUGUCCCAAGUCAGACUUCUCCUACAGUCACUUAUGAUUCUAACCUGAAGGUCGCUGUUAUCACAGAUAUCCAUCUUCUCCUGGGAGAAGCAUACACAGUGGAGUGGAGCAUAAAGAUAAGGGAUGAAGAAAAAAUAGACUGUUACCCUGAUGAGAAUGGUGCUUCUGCAGAAAACUGCGCUGCCCGUGGCUGUAUCUGGGAGGCAUCCAAUUCUUCUGGAGUCCCUUUUUGCUAUUUUGUCAAUGACCUAUACUCUGUCAGUGAUGUUCAGUAUAAUUCCCAUGGGGCCACAGCUGACAUCUCCUUAAAGUCUUCUGUUUAUGCCAAUGCCUUCCCCUCCACACCCGUGAACCUCCUUCGCCUGGAUGUCACUUACCAUAAGAAUGAAAUGCUGCAGUUCAAGAUUUAUGAUCCCAACAACAAUCGGUAUGAAGUUCCAGUCCCUCUGAGCAUACCCAGCGUGCCAUCCAGCACCCCUGAGGGUCAACUCUAUGAUGUCCUCGUUAAGAAGAAUCCAUUUGGGAUUGAAAUACGCCGGAAGAGUACAGGCACUGUAAUUUGGGACUCUCAGCUCCUCGGCUUCACCUUCAAUGACAUGUUUAUCCGCAUCUCCACCCGCCUCCCCUCCAAGUACCUCUACGGCUUUGGGGAAACUGAGCACACGUCCUAUAGGAGAGACCUGGAGUGGCACACUUGGGGGAUGUUCUCCCGAGACCAGCCCCCAGGGUACAAGAAGAAUUCCUAUGGUGUCCACCCCUACUACAUGGGGCUGGAGGAGGACGGCAGUGCCCAUGGAGUGCUCCUGCUGAACAGCAAUGCCAUGGAUGUGACGUUCCAGCCCCUGCCUGCCUUGACAUACCGUACCACAGGGGGAGUUCUGGACUUUUAUGUGUUCUUGGGGCCAACUCCAGAGCUUGUCACCCAGCAGUACACUGAGUUGAUUGGCCGGCCUGUGAUGGUACCUUACUGGUCUUUGGGGUUCCAGCUGUGUCGCUAUGGCUACCAGAACGACUCUGAGAUCGCCAGCUUGUAUGAUGAGAUGGUGGCUGCCCAGAUCCCUUAUGACGUGCAGUACUCAGACAUCGACUACAUGGAGCGGCAGCUGGACUUCACCCUCAGCCCCAAGUUUGCUGGGUUUCCAGCUCUGAUCAAUCGCAUGAAGGCUGAUGGGAUGCGGGUCAUCCUCAUUCUGGAUCCAGCCAUUUCUGGCAAUGAGACACAGCCCUAUCCUGCCUUCACUCGGGGCAUAGAGGAUGACGUCUUCAUCAAAUACCCAAAUGAUGGAGACAUUGUCUGGGGAAAGGUCUGGCCUGAUUUUCCUGAUGUUGUUGUGAAUGGGUCUCUAGACUGGGACAGCCAAGUGGAGCUAUAUCGAGCUUAUGUGGCCUUCCCAGACUUUUUCCGUAAUUCAACUGCCAAGUGGUGGAAGAGGGAAAUAGAAGAACUAUACAACAAUCCACAGAAUCCAGAGAGGAGCUUGAAGUUUGAUGGCAUGUGGAUUGAUAUGAAUGAACCAGCAAGCUUCGUGAAUGGGGCAGUUUCUCCAGGCUGCAGGGACGCCUCUCUGAACCACCCUCCCUACAUGCCACAUUUGGAGUCCAGGGACAGGGGCCUGAGCAGCAAGACCCUGUGCAUGGAGAGUCAGCAGAUCCUCCCAGACGGCUCCCCGGUGCAGCACUACAACGUGCACAACCUGUACGGGUGGUCCCAGACCAGACCCACAUACGAAGCCGUGCAGGAGGUGACGGGACAGCGAGGGGUCGUCAUCACCCGCUCCACAUUUCCCUCUUCUGGCCGCUGGGCAGGACAUUGGCUGGGAGACAACACAGCCGCAUGGGAUCAGCUGAAGAAAUCUAUCAUUGGCAUGAUGGAGUUCAGCCUCUUUGGCAUAUCCUAUACAGGAGCAGAUAUCUGUGGGUUCUUUCAAGAUGCUGAAUAUGAGAUGUGUGUUCGCUGGAUGCAGCUGGGGGCCUUUUACCCCUUCUCAAGAAACCACAACACCAUUGGGACCAGGAGACAAGACCCUGUGUCCUGGGAUGCUGCUUUUGUGAACAUUUCCAGAAAUGUCCUGCAGACCAGAUACACCCUGUUGCCAUAUCUGUAUACCCUGAUGCAUAAGGCCCACAUGGAGGGUGUCACUGUUGUGCGGCCUCUGCUCCAUGAGUUUGUGUCAGACCAGCUGACAUGGGACAUAGACCGUCAGUUCCUGCUGGGCCCAGCCUUCCUGGUCAGCCCUGUCCUGGAGCUGAAUGCCAGAAAUGUCACUGCAUAUUUCCCUAGAGCCCGCUGGUACGAUUACUACACGGGUGUGGAUAUUAAUGCAAGAGGAGAGUGGAAGACAUUGCCAGCCCCUCUUGACCACAUUAAUCUUCAUGUCCGUGGGGGCUACAUCCUGCCCUGGCAAGAGCCUGCACUGAACACCCACUUAAGUCGAAAGAACCCUCUUGGUCUUAUCAUUGCCCUAGACGAGAACAAAGAAGCCAAAGGAGAACUUUUCUGGGAUGAUGGGCAAACAAAGGAUACUGUGGCCAAUAAAGUGUAUCUUUUAUGUGAGUUUUCUGUCACUCAAAACCGCUUGGAGGUGAAUAUUUCACAAUCAACCUAUAAGGACCCCAAUAAUUUAGCAUUCAAUGAAAUUAAAAUUCUUGGGACGGAGGAACCUAGCAAUGUUACAGUGAAGCACAAUGGUGUCCCAAGUCAGACUUCUCCUACAGUCACUUAUGAUUCUAACCUGAAGGUCGCCGUUAUCACAGAUAUCGAUCUUCUCCUGGGAGAAGCAUACACAGUGGAGUGGAGCAUAAAGAUAAGGGAUGAAGAAAAAAUAGACUGUUACCCUGAUGAGAAUGGUGCUUCUGCAGAAAACUGCGCUGCCCGGGGCUGUAUCUGGGAGGCAUCCAAUUCUUCUGGAGUCCCUUUUUGCUAUUUUGUCAAUGAUCUAUACUCUGUCAGUGAUGUUCAGUAUAAUUCCCAUGGGGCCACAGCUGACAUCUCCUUAAAGUCUUCUGUUUAUGCCAAUGCCUUCCCCUCCACACCCGUGAACCUCCUUCGCCUGGAUGUCACUUACCAUAAGAAUGAAAUGCUGCAGUUCAAGAUUUAUGAUCCCAACAACAAUCGGUAUGAAGUUCCAGUCCCUCUGAGCAUACCCAGCGUGCCAUCCAGCACCCCUGAGGGUCAACUCUAUGAUGUCCUCAUUAAGAAGAAUCCAUUUGGGAUUGAAAUUCGCCGGAAGAGUACAGGCACUGUAAUUUGGGACUCUCAGCUCCUUGGCUUCACCUUCAAUGACAUGUUUAUCCGCAUCUCCACCCGCCUCCCCUCCAAGUACCUCUACGGCUUUGGGGAAACUGAGCACACGUCCUAUAGGAGAGACCUGGAGUGGCACACUUGGGGGAUGUUCUCCCGAGACCAGCCCCCAGGGUACAAGAAGAAUUCCUAUGGUGUCCACCCCUACUACAUGGGGCUGGAGGAGGACGGCAGUGCCCAUGGAGUGCUCCUGCUGAACAGCAAUGCCAUGGAUGUGACGUUCCAGCCCCUGCCUGCCUUGACAUACCGUACCACAGGGGGAGUUCUGGACUUUUAUGUGUUCUUGGGGCCAACUCCAGAGCUUGUCACCCAGCAGUACACUGAGUUGAUUGGCCGGCCUGUGAUGGUACCUUACUGGUCUUUGGGGUUCCAGCUGUGUCGCUAUGGCUACCAGAACGACUCUGAGAUCGCCAGCUUGUAUGAUGAGAUGGUGGCUGCCCAGAUCCCUUAUGACGUGCAGUACUCAGACAUCGACUACAUGGAGCGGCAGCUGGACUUCACCCUCAGCCCCAAGUUUGCUGGGUUUCCAGCACUGAUCAAUCGCAUGAAGGCUGAUGGGAUGCGGGUCAUCCUCAUUCUGGAUCCAGCCAUUUCUGGCAAUGAGACACAGCCCUAUCCUGCCUUCACUCGGGGCAUAGAGGAUGACGUCUUCAUCAAAUACCCAAAUGAUGGAGACAUUGUCUGGGGAAAGGUCUGGCCUGAUUUUCCUGAUGUUGUUGUGAAUGGGUCUCUAGACUGGGACAGUCAAGUGGAGCUAUAUCGAGCUUAUGUGGCCUUCCCAGACUUUUUCCGUAAUUCAACUGCCAAGUGGUGGAAGAGGGAAAUAGAAGAACUAUACAACAAUCCACAGAAUCCAGAGAGGAGCUUGAAGUUUGAUGGCAUGUGGAUUGAUAUGAACGAACCAUCAAGCUUUGUGAAUGGGGCAGUUUCUCCAGGCUGCAGGGAAGCCUCUCUGAACCACCCUCCCUACAUGCCGUAUUUGGAGUCCAGGGACAGGGGCCUGAGCAGCAAGACCCUGUGCAUGGAGAGUCAGCAGAUCCUCCCAGACGGCUCCCCAGUGCAGCACUACAACGUGCACAACCUGUACGGGUGGUCCCAGACCAGACCCACAUACGAAGCCGUGCAGGAGGUGACGGGACAGCGAGGGGUCGUCAUCACCCGCUCCACAUUUCCCUCUUCUGGCCGCUGGGCAGGACAUUGGCUGGGAGACAACACGGCCGCGUGGGAUCAGCUGAAGAAAUCUAUCAUUGGCAUGAUGGAGUUCAGCCUCUUUGGCAUAUCCUAUACAGGAGCAGAUAUCUGUGGGUUCUUUCAAGAUGCUGAAUAUGAGAUGUGUGUUCGCUGGAUGCAGCUGGGGGCCUUCUACCCCUUCUCAAGAAACCACAACACCAUUGGGACCAGGAGACAAGACCCUGUGUCCUGGGAUGCUGCUUUUGUGAACAUUUCCAGAAAUGUCCUGCAGACCAGAUACACCCUGUUGCCAUAUCUGUAUACCUUGAUGCAUAAGGCCCACACGGAGGGCGUCACUGUUGUACGGCCUCUGCUCCAUGAGUUUGUGUCAGACCAGCUGACAUGGGACAUAGACAGUCAGUUCCUGCUGGGCCCAGCCUUCCUGGUCAGCCCUGUCCUGGAGCUGAAUGCCAGAAAUGUCACUGCAUAUUUCCCUAGAGCCCGCUGGUACGACUACUACACGGGUGUGGAUAUUAAUGCAAGAGGAGAGUGGAAGACAUUGCCAGCCCCCCUUGACCACAUUAAUCUUCAUGUCCGUGGGGGCUACAUCCUGCCCUGGCAAGAGCCUGCACUGAACACCCACUUAAGCCGCCAGAAAUUCAUGGGCUUCAAAAUUGCCUUGGAUGAUGAGGGAACUGCUGAUGGCUGGCUCUUCUGGGAUGAUGGGCAAAGCAUUGAUACCUAUGGGAAAGGACUCUAUUACUUGGCCAACUUUUCUGCCAGCCAGAAUACGAUGCAAAGCCAUGUAAUUUUCAACAAUUAUAUCACUGGUACAAAUCCUUUGAAACUGGGCUACAUUGAAAUCUGGGGAGUGGGCAGUGUCCCCAUUACCAGUGUCAGCAUCUCUGUGAGCAGCAUGGUCAUAACACCCUCCUUCAACAAUGACCCCACGACACAGGUAUUAAGCAUCGAUGUGACUGACAGGAACAUCAGCCUACAUAAUUUUAAUUCAUUGACAUGGAGAAGCACUCCGUGAAUUUUUAGAGCAAGAUUCUAACUAUGAACGACUUUGAAACUACUUAUACUUCAUACUCAUAAACAUUAUUGUGUGUUGCUAAUUGGUUCAUACCCACUAUUGGUGAAAUAUUUUUGUUAAUUUUGUUAUAUGUUUUUUAUGUGCACCCUAAAGGUUAAAUCUUAGCCCUGUGGGAUAGGCAGUUAGGGAGGUGUAGAAAAUCUGUGCAUUACCUUGAUGUCUCUAUGUGGUUAGUAUGGUAGUGACUGUUCAUCAUAUGACAUUUACUGAAGAUGAACUGGGUCCAUGAUGAAGUGUGUGUAUGUCCGUGUUUGUAAUCAUAGAAUGGACCCCAUUCUUUUGUUAGAUACACAAGAGAAAGCUUUCUGAGACAGUUCCAGGUCUUGAAGCUAAUCAGCAUCUCAAGAAAGUAUCCAGAAAGAACAUCUGCUAGUUGGUUAUAGGCGGCGGGAGGAAUAAUAUACCUAAUUGGUUAUAGGUGGGGGGAGCAUGAUAAGCAAAGAAAAGGCAAACACAAGGAAAGAUCAGAUGAAACAGAAGAUGACAGUAAAAGUGAUCACAAGUAAGAACAUAAUGUAAAAUUGUCGGCAGCCUCAUGGGGAGGAAAAAGGAAGAGUCAACUCACCUGAAGAAGAGGGUCUUGAGAAAUCCUUAGCAUAAAGGGCUAGUGGUGAGAUUGAGAUCUGAGCAGGCAAAGCUCAAAAGAGAGUUUGGAGGUUAAAAAUAAUUUAUUUUUGCAGUAGUGUGCUUUGAAAUGUGUAAAUCUUAUUUCUAAUGUAUAUAACCACAUUUCACAUAAAAAUAUGCAAUUUAUA